UGCAUUUUCCACUUCUCAAUCACCGCGCCCCGCUUCCCUUCCCCUUCCCCCAAUCCCCAAAACCCUAAUUCGAUCCUCCCAAUGGGUCGUGUUAUCAGAGCUCAGCGUAAGGGUGCCGGAUCAGUUUUCCGGUCUCACACCCACCACCGGAAGGGCCCUGCCCGGUUCCGCUCUCUGGACUUCGGCGAGCGAAAUGGCUACCUCAAGGGCGUGGUCAGCGAGAUCAUCCACGAUCCGGGCAGGGGYGCCCCUCUUGCCCGCGUCACCUUCCGCCACCCCUUCCGCUACAAGCACCAGAAGGAGCUCUUCAUCGCCGCCGAGGGUAUGUACACCGGCCAGUUCGUCUACUGCGGGAAGAAGGCCAAUCUUGUUGUCGGUAAUGUGCUCCCCAUCAGAGCCAUCCCUGAAGGUGCUGUGGUUUGUAAUGUGGAGCACCAUGUGGGUGACCGAGGUGUGUUCGCUAGGUGCUCUGGUGAUUAUGCUAUUGUUAUUAGCCACAACCCAGAUAAUGAUACCAGCAGGAUUAAACUUCCAUCUGGAGCUAAGAAGAUUGUGCCUAGUGGGUGCCGUGCUAUGAUUGGUCAGGUUGCUGGAGGUGGAAGAACAGAGAAGCCUCUUCUCAAGGCAGGUAAUGCUUACCACAAGUUCCGCGUCAAGCGCAACUGCUGGCCUAAGGUUCGUGGUGUUGCUAUGAACCCAGUUGAACAUCCCCACGGUGGUGGUAACCAUCAACACAUUGGUCAUGCCAGUACUGUUCGCCGUGAUGCCCCACCUGGUCAAAAGGUUGGUCUCAUUGCUGCCAGGAGAACUGGUAGGCUCCGUGGACAGGCUGCUGCUACCGCUGCCAAGGCCGAUAAAGGUGCUUAGAGCAAUUCGACUUGUUCGACGUUUGUUUUGGCUAAUCCGUAGCGCCUUCCAUUAUGUUUGAUUUAGUUUACAUUAUGUUGAAGACCAUAUUUAGAAGUUUUUGUCCCAAGUUUUGUUACAAGAUCCUUUCUGAACAUAAUCCUUCUCUCCCUUUGUUUCUUGGUUGCUACAAUGAAUUUGAUGGCAUGGAACUAUGGAAGACACUAAGGUAUAUCAUUCAAAUUGAUCUAUGAUGACCAGUUCUUAAAACUA